AUGACUUCACCACCAAACUCCCCUGGGAACCCGCCCCAGCGACCCCAGAGCGCCAUGAUCCGACCGACCCAGAGGAGUAGCAGCCGGAUGAGCACGUCGAGCAAGGCUGGAGGUGGCAGCAGAGCUUCAGAUGAGGAUGGCAGAACAUCAGUCAAAGUUGCCGUGCGCAUUCGGCCUCCAUUAAAUCCCGACGACCCAGGUUACGAUCUCAUCCCGCAGCGAUUUCAAAGAUCCAUGGUUCAGGUCAUGUCAAACACAACCCUGGCUAUUGAUGCACCUCAAGGCCGCAAAGUCUUUGUUUUCGACCGAGUCUUCUCAUCCGAGUACGACCAAGCAGGGGUCUGGGACUACCUCGAGGAUUGCGUCAACGCAUUCACAACGGGUUACAAUGUGUCUUUACUGGCGUACGGCCAGUCAGGCGCUGGAAAGUCCUACACCAUGGGAACCUCCGGCCCUAGCGAGCAAAACAAUAUCGAUGUCAUGGGUGUAAUUCCUCGCGCCGCAACCGCGCUGUUCGAGAAGCUCGAUGGGCCGAAAGGCAACCCGAACCGCGGUUCCAUGUCACAGCUUCGCGCCCCAGCAAGGUACUCAGCCCAGAUACCAGCGCGUAACGGAGAGAAGAACUGGACCUUGAAGGCCACCUACGUUGAAAUAUAUAACGAGCAACUGCGGGAUCUCCUGCUGCCCGAACACAUCCCUGCUCAUGAACGCAGCCCCGUCACCAUCAGAGAGGAUACCAAAGGCAAUAUCAUUCUUACAGGACUGCGACAAGUCGAGGUCAACUCGGCGGAAGACUUGUUGAAUGCUUUGAAUUUCGGAUCUACAGUGCGACAAACCGAUGCGACCGCCAUCAACGCAAGGUCGUCUCGAUCACAUGCUGUGUUCUCUCUGAAUCUAGUGCAGAAAAAGCCUGGCUUUCCAGGGGGCCAUGACAAGCGACAUUCUGUGCCAGUAGAGGCGAUGUCGGGCGGAGAGACCUGGACUACGACAGACAGCAAGAUGCAUUUCGUCGAUUUGGCCGGUAGCGAACGUCUCAAGAACACACACGCUGAGGGAGCACGAGCAAAGGAAGGAAUUUCUAUCAACGCUGGUCUUGCUGCACUGGGCAAGGUCAUCUCUCAAUUAUCUUCGCGGAACGCGGGCGCGCACGUCUCGUACCGAGACUCAAAAUUGACUCGACUUCUGCAGGACUCCCUUGGGGGCAACGCCAUUACAUACAUGAUCGCCUGCGUAACACCCGCAGAAUUCCAUCUGAGCGAGACUCUGAACACUGUGCAGUAUGCGCAGCGUGCUCGAGCUAUUCAGAGCAAGCCCAGGAUCCAGCAGGUUGAGGAGCGCGACAAGCAGGCCCUGAUUGACCGACUCAAAGCAGAGGUGGCCUUUUUGCGCGAGCAGGUCAGAAGCUCUGAGCGGACGGGAGGUGACAGGCGGGCGCUGCCUUCUGGAGAAAGGUCUGAGCGAUCAAACGAGCGGGAGACCGAACUGCAGAACCAGCUCCUGGACGCCCAAGAAAAUUACUCAUCCUUAAGCCAAAGACACGCCAAACUGAUUGCCGAAAUGGCCAAGGCAAGGGAUUUGGAGGAGGCUGAGAAUGCGCAGCAUGAAGAGAGCUUGGGCGAGACAGCCACCGAAAGGCUGAAUCGAUCCAACAACUUCGCGCAGGCAGUUGAACAGGUCGUCCUCGAGUACGAGAAGACCAUUCAAGCACUGGAGCAGUCUCUUUCCGGCACACGAAGCACCCUGCACAAUACGGAGACCAGCCUCUUGGAAAAGGAGAGCAAACUGGCAUACGUCGAAACCAUCAACACGCAGCUUCAGACCCGACUUCAGAAACUCAUGGACAGGGAGGCUAACACCGAAAAUUACCUGCAUGAUCUGGAAGCCAAACUUGACGGGCAUACAUCUGGCGAAGAAAAGAACGCAACCAUCAUCACGGAGCUUCGUAAGGAGAUUGCCCGUGUGCGAGAGAACGAGGCCGGCUGCGAAGACUACAUCUCCACCCUCGAGGAAAGGUUGGCCGAGGCUGAUCAGGAUGCCGAGCUUAUGCAGCGCGAGAUUGACCGGCUGGAGCAAGUGGUUGAGCGUCAGCGAAGUCUUGGUAAACUCGACUCCUUGCUGUAUGAGCUAGACCACAUGCAAAAGGACUCGAGCGUUCCAGAACCAGAGGCUGAGCUGAACAAUGGAUCAAAUCGUCGCCGGAGCGUGAAUCGCAGUCUUACCGAUCAUUCCCGAAACCAAAGUGUUAGCGGCCGUCAAAGUCGAAUGGAAGAUCCUAUUCCUGAGGAUAGAGAGGAAGACAUACCCGAAGAAGGUGCCAUCUCAGCCAUUGCUGAGGAAGAGCACGACGCGGACAAGGUUGCCCAGGCCAAGUCAGCUCCUGAAUCUGACUCACAGCUCGACUACCCUACAAGCCCUGCGCAGUCGAAGUUUGUGCAGGACAAGCUUGAGAAUGUUUCGCACGAGCUGAUGGAACUCAGAGUCGAACAUGAAUCCACUCUGAAUCAGUAUGACCUUCUCCAUGCCAAAUACGAGGAGUCUCUCAGGGCUUUGGCAGAGCUGCAAGAUACCAUUGAUGAAGCACGCCAUCCACACCGGGUGCGCGAUUCCAUGCUUUCCGUCACUUCACCGUCUGAGAAUCAGACAAGGCCAUCAUCUUUUUUGUCGGAGCCGAGGUCGGGCCACACGAAGGAUGGCGGACCGCCAUUAUCCUCGCGUUCGCUAUCCUCGGAAUUAUCAUCAGCCAUGGAUUUCCCGGCUGUUGCGGAGGUUUCUGAUACAGAGACUGCAAAGCCGAAAUCGGAAGAUCGUGCAUCGGAAACCUCUCGAGGGCAACUGCCAACAGUCGAGGCGCAUGGCCCGGCUAAUGACGAAACCAACAAUUCAGCAUUAACACUGGAAAUCGAGCGACUGGCAACUCUAGCGGCUCAGAAAGAAGCGGCCGAACAGGAACUCACCGCGAAGUAUACCGAGCUUGAGAAGAAGCAUCAUGACACCCUUGACAUGGUGGAAGAGCUCAAGACCGAGGUCGCCAAGGCCCGUCACAACCUCGAACCACCAUCGCCGAGGAAUGGAACGCCUGUCAUUCGACGUAAAUCCAGUCAGAAUGUCAUGAUCAUCGACAGAGCUCACAGGUCAUUUGCUUCGCUCCGCAACAUUGCUGCAGACAAUUUCGAAGAGGACCCUGAGACGAUGCAGAACUUCGAACUCAACCUGAAUGCCGCUAUGCACGAGCUUCACGCCAGAUCGGAGAGAAUUCAGGAGCUCGAGGCUGACGUCGCGAAUGCAAGGAAGGAGAUGGAAACCAAGAUGCAACUCAUCUCGGGUCUGACUCGCGAGCGCUCAAGCUUGAAGGCCUCCGCCAAAGACGUCUCGCUCAUUUCAACGCUGAGAGAUCAGCUAGAGAAGAACGAGCGACAGCUCCACGAGAUGCAGGAGGCUCAUGCCGUACGUGAAAAGGAACUGCAGAGCGAGAUCGAAAGCCUGCGUGCUUCAAUCGAGACUACCAAGUCGGAGGAGAAGACGGUCGAGGCCGGCGAGCAUGUUACAGACCAGGGAGCUGUGCAUGAGCAGAGGAUUGCGCAACUCGAGGCUGAUCUUGCGGACUGGGAAAAUAAGCACAAAUCAGCUUUGGACACCAUGCAGAGCACCGAGCAGCAGAUGCGUGCCACCAUCGAGGACCUCGAGUCUCAGCUUGCGAGUGUCAACACUCAACUCAAAGACUCUUCUCGUUCGACGGAGGAGCAAAAUGAGGCACAGGAGACCGAAUCAAAGACCGAGAAUCUCAUGUCGACGCUGCGCAGCGAGAUUGACGAGCACAAGGCCGCCCUCAGCAGCAAUGCUGCCAAGGUGGCCGAGCUGGAACAGGCACACAGCGCUGUCAGGAAGGAGCUCGAGGAGGCUCAAAGAGCCCGUGACUUGGCCGUGUCGGAAGUCAAUGAGCACAGGCAGCAGCUUGAAAGCCACAAAGACGAGCUGGAGAAGGUGCAGCAAGAGGCAGACCAGCAGAGAUCAGAGGCUGAAGCCCACAAGCAUGAUGCUGAGACUCAUUCUCAACUCGUGUCGACACUGGAGAACCAGAUCUCUUCACAUGAGCAGGUCAUCAAGACUCAUCAGCGGAGCAUGGAAUUGCUCAGGACCACACACGCCAAGGAAAUCGAGGAUCUCCAUGCUUCGUCGAAACAAGAUGCUGACGCGAGGGUUGAGGCCCUCAAAGCAGAGCACGCCAAGCACACCAAGAAGCUCGAGAGCCAACUGACCGAAGCGCGUGAGGAUUUGAUGAAGGUGGCCACACAGGUCGCCUUUGCUCUUGGGCUUGACGUCAGUGUCGAGCUCAUCUCGGAGCGUAUUGAAGACCUCAUCGCCGACCAGAAGGCCUUCAAUGACGAGCAGAAGAAGGCCACUGAGCUCGAAAAGGCAGUGCACGAGAUUUCCAACGUCAAUGAUGCUCUCACCCAAGAUCUGGAAUCCGUCAAGUCGACGUUGUCCGAUAUCCUCCUGGAGCAAGGCGCUGAGCUGAGGAGCCCGUACCCCUCUGUCACUGAGCAAGCAACCGUGAUCAAGAGAAAGAUGGUGGAUCUGCAGAACAAGAACAAGAAGAACUCGCGUUUGGUCGAUGAGCUCGAGGAACAACUGCAGACCAACUUCGAUCAAGUCCAGAUGACGAACAACCGCCUGUCGACUCUUCAUGAGCGCAAUACUCAAUUGGAAGAGGCCCUCAAUGCCAAGAACAGCCUGCAGAAUGAGCUCAACUCGCUGAGAGAUCAAUAUGCUGCUCUCCAGAACAAGAUGAGCAAUGGUGACACCAUGGGACGCUCUGACUCACUGAAUGGCACAGUGCGCAAGUCCGCAUCAGUCACCUCCCUGCCUUCACCACCCCCUUCAGUCCCUCUGCCUCCAUUGCCUGGCGGUGUGUCCUCCUCAGGCACGACUUCGCCCAUUCCUGGUAUGCGCCCGCCGUCCAAGGACAUGGCCAUGCACCAUAUCCACGAGGACCAAGAGGCUCGCAUCCGCACAAUCGAGAAGCACCUUUCAGCAGAGAAGCAGCUCACGUCGACCCUGGAAGAGGCGCUCACCGACCUGGAGAGACAGUCCAACAAGGUCAAGGCGGACUGCGACGCGUGGCGCCGACGAUGCACGGAGCUCGAGACAGAGAUGAAGGCAAUGAAGGAGAAGCCGCCGCAGGACCCGCGCUGGAGCCUCCAGCAGGUCGAGGAGGAGCGCAAGAAGCGCGAGGCUGCGGAAAGGGCGCGCGCGCAUCUGGAGGAGAGGAUGAACGCCAUCAACAAGAAAAAGAAGAAGGGCAGCCUGAACUGCUUCUAA